UGGCGAGCUCCAUCUGAAGUGUUUCCCGUAUCCGCAGAACGGCGUGCGGUUCUCUCACUUCGAACUGACUUUCCAGAGGAUUUGAGACUAAUUGCAGAUAAUCAAGAGAAGAUGCCUUCUGCGUCCUGUGACACACUACUGGACGACAUAGAAGAUAUUGUGUCACAGGGAGAUUUAAAGCCACAAGAUAGGCAUUCUGCACGAAAGCACGUUGUUCCAAAGGCACGAAAGCGAAACACCCAAAAAUAUUUGCAAGAGGAAAACAGUCCACCAAGUGACAGCACUAUUCCAGGCAUACAGAAAAUUUGGAUGCGAACAUGGGGUUGUUCUCAUAAUAAUUCGGAUGGAGAAUAUAUGGCUGGACAACUAGCUGCUUAUGGAUAUGAAAUUACAGAAAAUGCAUCAGACGCUGAUUUAUGGCUCCUGAAUAGUUGUACCGUAAAAAACCCAGCUGAAGACCACUUUAGAAACUCAAUUAAAAAAGCUCAAGAGGAGAACAAGAAGAUAGUGCUCGCUGGCUGUGUUCCUCAAGCCCAGCCUCGGCAGGACUACCUUAAAGGACUGAGUAUCAUAGGGGUUCAACAGAUAGAUCGAGUGGUAGAAGUUGUGGAGGAAACAAUUAAAGGUCACUCUGUGAGACUGCUGGGUCAGAAAAAGGAUAAUGGAAAGCGCUUGGGUGGAGCACGAUUGGAUUUGCCAAAGAUCAGGAAGAAUCCACUGAUAGAAAUCAUUUCCAUCAAUACUGGGUGUCUCAAUGCUUGUACCUACUGCAAAACCAAACACGCCAGAGGAAAUUUGGCCAGUUACCCAAUUGAUGAACUAGUAGAAAGAGCCAGACAGUCUUUUCAAGAGGGUGUUUGUGAGAUAUGGUUGACCAGUGAAGACACAGGGGCUUACGGCAGGGACAUUGGCACCAAUCUCCCCACACUGCUGUGGAAACUGGUUGAAGUGAUUCCUGAGGGAGCAAUGCUGAGGCUUGGCAUGACAAACCCACCCUAUAUUUUAGAGCAUCUGGAGGAAAUGGCAAAAAUCCUUAAUCAUCCCCGAGUCUACGCUUUUCUGCACAUCCCGGUCCAGUCUGCCUCUGACACUGUCCUCAUGGAAAUGAAACGAGAAUACUGCGUGGCUGACUUCAAAAGAGUAGUGGAUUUUCUGAAAGAGAAAGUUCCUGGAAUAACUCUUGCUACAGAUAUUAUCUGUGGUUUUCCUGGAGAAACAGAUCACGAUUUUCAAGAAACAGUGAAGCUUGUGGAAGAGUACAAAUUUCCAAGCCUCUUUAUUAACCAGUUUUACCCAAGACCAGGAACUCCUGCUGCAAAAAUGGCACAAAUUCCAGCACAAGUGAAAAAGCAAAGAACGAAAGAUCUUUCCCGGGUAUUCCAUUCCUACAAUCCGUAUGAUCACAAGAUUGGUGAAAGACAACAAGUGUUAGUGACAGAAGAAUCUUUUGAUUCCAAGUUUUAUGUUGCCCACAAUCGAUUCUACGAGCAGGUUUUAGUGCCAAAGAACCCCACAUUCAUGGGAAAAAUGAUCGAAGUGGACAUUUAUGAAUCAGGCAAACAUUUUAUGAAAGGGCAGCCGGUGUCAGACGCCAAAGUAUACACGCCAUCCAUCAACAAACCAUUAGCAAAGGGAGAAGUCUCAGGUUUAACAGAGGACUUCAGAAAUAGACUUGGGAAUCACCUGAGCUUGGUGCCCCACACUUCUGUGGUUCGGCGGGACCCCACGAGCUCCAGAAUGGCACUCCGCUUGCAAAGACUCCAUCAAGACUGUGCGCUGAGGGCGUCUGUGGGCCUGGCUCUGUUUGCUCUCCUUCUGGCUUUUUUGGUCAAAAUCUAUAAUUAAAGCACAACUAAAGGAAGCAUUUGUGAAGAAGACUAAAUUUCUCAUUAAAACCUGCAACGAACAGAAAAGCAACCACAUCAGUCCUCCCAAGAGCCGGAAUUUAUACUGGUCGCACUGCCCCCGCGUGCUUUUUAAUGAGGCUUACCGUGUCUCCCAUUGAGUUGGGCCAUCGGUUAUUUGACCUAACUCCUACUGACUGUUGCCAUAGCAUAUCUUUUGAAUUAAGCUCCUUUUGGUUUAUUUGCAGCAGGAAAUGCAAGUGGUUGCAUUUUCUUUAAACCUCCAGUCUUCAAGUCAGAACUUAAUUGUACGGCGGAUCCAGUCAUCUUUUCCUGAUGUGGGAAGAAUUUUGAGUCUUCAAUAAACAU